UUCUCAGAGCAGACGAGGAAUAGCUAUAUAGCAAUGAGAUACUAGGCUCCCCGACACCUCUUCGCCUCUCCCUGCGUUCGAUAGCAUACGAGAUACAAGGCUCCUCUCGGCUCGUUCAUAAUCGAAUCCAAGCCGUACCGGAUUCUAGGACCUUAUCGCCAUGGUCAACCUUGCAUCCCUGGUACCCUCGCCCUCGAGCCUGACCACUCUCAACCUCGCACUCGCCGGCAUUGUUCCCCGUCAAGCCUUGACCAGCAGCAGCAUAACCAACUAUGGGUCUUCUUCUUCUGAACGAUCGACGUCGGCCACACAGGUCGGCUCGGACGUCAAUGCCAACCCUUAUCCGACGGGGACUCUAGGGACGGCGUUUGAGACGAUCGCUCCGAGUGUCACUUAUUCGACCAAUUUGACGACGACCGCUACUGCCGAUAUCGCUACCGCAUCUGCUUCGGAUGGAGUUGCGGCUUCGACUUCGACUGCGACCUCGACUUCGACCUCGACUGCGACUUCGACUGGGACGUCGACCUUGCACUUGACCCCGGCUUACAACAACACCCCGAGUACUUCGACCGGCAACGACAACCACAACGAUACCGAUACCAAAGCUGACAACGGCCAUGACGGCGAUAAAGGCGAGGGGGAAUGGCCAGUCAAAUACUACGACUUCACCAUUACUUGGGGAGACGUCGAUGCGAAUGGAGAGAUCCGACCGGCUAUCCUUGUUAAUGGGCAGACUCCGGGGCCUUUGAUCGAGUUGGAGGAAGGGCAGCGGGUUAGCAUCAAAGUCAACAACCGGCUCGGACAGCCGACGACCAUGCAUGCGCAUGGGAUCGUCCAAGAGGGGACGAUCUGGGCGGAUGGGGUACCGGGUGUGACACAAUAUCCGAUCGAGGAUGGGGCGAGCUUUACCUACACCUGGACGGCUAGGCAGUAUGGACAGUAUUGGUACCACUCGCACUACCACUCGCAACUGUCCGACGGCUUCCGUGGUCCUCUUCUCAUCCACCCGACCAAGUCGAGAGCCAAGCCGUUUACGACGAUGACCUCGGAGAGUUGGGAGCUCGAUCAGUUGGAAAAGGCAGAGAGGGACCCGAGGAUCGUGAUGCUGGCGGAUUGGUCACAUUUCACGGCGGAUGAGAUCAGUGGGAUUUAUAGGCAGACCGGGAUCGAUCCUCUCUGCCUGGACUCGUUCCUCAUCAACGGACGUGGACAGAGAAUCUGCCCGGAUAUUAGUCUCCUCACGCCGUUCGCCAGUCCCGUAGCGGGGCCGUUGACCGACAAGGCUUGUCCUCUGCCCAACAGCACCUUGUCGAUGGGUCCGGUCAGGAACUACACGGCGCAAUACCCUGACCAGGUCCCGGCGAGGCUGUACCAAGGUUGCAGUAACACCAGUAAUCCGCUCACCGUAUUCCAGGUCGACAAAAAGGCAGGAUGGACAUCGCUCAACUUCAUCUCGACCGGGGGGUUAGCGGAGCAGCAGGUCUCGAUCGAUGGCCAUUCGAUGAUCGUCUACGCGGCUGAUGGCAAUUAUAUCGAGCCUCAGGAGGUGGACAUCCUGCUCAUGGGCGUUGGUACCCGAUAUUCGGUCAUGGUUAAGCUCAACAACCCAGGUGAUUGGACGAUCCGGACCACCAACUCGCAGACCAACCAGUUUAUCGGAGGAUACGCCGUCCUGUCCUAUACUGAUUAUAUGGAGCCUUGCGGACCGGCGAGCGGCGGUCUUCCUGGGCUCUGCGGGAAGACCGUCUUUACUUCGCCACCUUCGGAUCAACCCAAGCUUGGCUUCGCUGGCAAUGCUUUGAAUCAAGCGACGACGCUCGACCCUUUCCGAUUGGCGCCCUUUGUUGCCUUGCCACCGCCUACGAACGCCGACCACACGCUCAUCUGGGACAUGUCCCAGCCCAACGACCGAGUCUGGAAGAUGGACGAUCAGCCUUUCCUCGCUUGGCGUGACGAUCAGAAGCCGGCCAUCAUUGACGUACAGCCAUCGUUGGACGCUGGGGUAGCGCUUUGGAUCAACAACGGGACCGUCGUGGAUAUCAUCUUCAACGUCCCGCCCGGCCAGCCGACGCAUCCUUUCCACAAGCACGAGACCAAGUCUUGGGUCAUCGGACAAGGACAAGGACCGUUUAGCUGGCCUGACGUAGCUACCGCGCAAAAGGCGGUUCCGGCCAGCUUCAACCUCUACAACCCGUCGUAUCGAGACACGUACCGAAGUCUCCCUUCGUUCACCGGUCCGACUUGGGCAGCGAUUCGAUACCAGGUCACGUACCCCUCGUUGACGUUCUUCCACUGUCACAUCAGCUACCAUUUGCAGUCCGGGAUGGCCGUAUUGCUCGUUGAAGGGCUCGACGUCGGUCACCCCGAGGUCCCGGAUCAAGUGCAACCGCACGGUCCUGACGUCGAAUCCGGAUCCCGUGUACCCGGACGGCGCUCGAAUCGACGUAUAAGGGUACAAGGGUAGAGGUUAUAUAGACCGGCCUUUACGGCUAUUAUGCGAUAAUCGUAGUGAUUCAUAAUGUCAUCAUGUUACAAUUAGAAAAAAAAACGAGUUCAAAGCCGUUGCUGUGUAUAGACCCCUAUCUUAUCCGUUUACGAGAGAAAGGAGAGGUGAAAGGGGG